CAGCUGACUCAGAGGCAGUAGGAGGGGCAGGCAAACAACCUGCUUGGUUGCCGGGGGUGCUGCUGCCGCUGUUCUCUGACAGUGUCAACCCGAACGGAGUGAACCUGCGACGCAAGCCGCUUCUGCUGAGCCUCGGGCUGCCUCCAGCCAUUCGUCUGUCCGGGAGAUCAACCCAGCACUCUAACUAGCUGCAUUUAUUUAUUUUUUUUAUGGUCAUUCUUUUUAGGGAACUGCAAACUGUGCUUUGUGUCCUCUGGACUACCAAAUACAUAAAUCAGAAUACUUUAUGUAGUUGAUUUAAGUGCAGUUUAAAAUGUCUAUAUUACCGUUCACUCCUCCAAUUGUUAAGCGGCUACUAGGCUGGAAGAAAGGAGAGCAGAACGGGCAGGAAGAGAAAUGGUGCGAAAAGGCUGUCAAAAGUCUGGUGAAGAAGUUGAAGAGGACGGGACAGUUAGACGAGUUGGAAAAAGCCAUUACAGCACAGAAUGUCAACACGAAAUGCUUAACCAUACCCAGGUCAUUAGAUGGACGUCUGCAGGUUUCCCACAGAAAAGGUCUUCCUCAUGUGAUCUACUGCCGCUUGUGGCGCUGGCCAGAUCUGCAGUCUCACCAUGAGCUGAGAGCUGUCGACCACUGUGAAUUUGCCUUUCACACCAAGAAGGACGAAGUGUGUGUCAACCCCUACCACUACCAGAGGGUGGAGACGCCAAUUUUGCCCCCUGUCCUAGUGCCACGCCACACAGAUAUACCCACUGAUUUUCCACCAUUGGACGACUACAGCCCAUCCAUCCCUGAAAACACCAAUUUCCCUGCUGGCAUUGAGCCUCAGAAUAACUAUAUUCCUGACACUCCCCCGCCAGGUUAUUUGAGUGAAGAUGGUGAAGCAAAUGAUCACCAACUCAACCGCAGCAUGGACACAAGUUCGCCAAGCCUGUCACCCAAUCCUGUGUCACCCACAAACAAUAAUCUUGGUUUACAACCUGUGACGUACUGUGAAUCUGCCUUCUGGUGUUCCAUCUCCUACUAUGAGCUCAACCAGCGUGUUGGAGAGACCUUCCAUGCAUCCCAGCCUUCACUUACAGUAGAUGGAUUCACAGACCCCUCCAACUCUGAACGCUUUUGCUUGGGCCUGCUGUCCAAUGUCAACCGCAACUCAGCAGUUGAGCUCACACGCAGACACAUAGGACGGGGUGUGAGGUUGUACUACAUUGGGGGGGAGGUUUUCGCAGAGUGUCUUAGUGACAAUGCCAUCUUUGUUCAAAGUCCGAACUGCAACCAGCGCUAUGGUUGGCAUCCUGCCACUGUGUGUAAAAUACCACCAGGUUGCAACCUCAAGAUUUUCAACAACCAGGAGUUUGCUGCCCUCCUCGCCCAGUCAGUCAACCAGGGUUUCGAAGCUGUCUAUCAACUCACCAGGAUGUGUACCAUUCGCAUGAGUUUUGUGAAGGGUUGGGGAGCCGAGUACAGACGUCAGACGGUGACCAGCACCCCCUGCUGGAUAGAGCUACAUCUCAAUGGUCCCUUGCAGUGGCUUGACAAGGUCCUCACACAGAUGGGCUCUCCUAGCAUCCACUGCUCUAGUGUGUCUUAAGACAAGUAGUCUCAUCCACAUAACUGAAUGCAAACCACAUAGGAAAAGGCAAGUAUUUCUGUGUGAUAUAGAAAGAGACACCUCUCAGAAAAGCAUCAAAAAAGCAUCAAAACACCUUUCAUCACAUAUGUCACUUUUAGCAUCAUUCAGUGUCUCCAUUUAAGUUAUGUUUGAACGUGUCCGUUCUUUAGUUUUUAUGUGCAAGACAGCCACAUGGUAUUUUCUGUGGGUGUUAGACGCCGGUUCCUCCCCACCAAAAAAAAAAAAAGAAAAAAACACAUUUUCAAAUUACUCAGACAUUGUUAUUCUUUGUCAUUUAAUUUUUUUGCUCCCUAAGAUGAAGUCAUAUAUUUGUAGCAUGGCCAUCUUCAAGUUUCAAGGCAUUUUUAAUUCUAUGAAUUAACUGAGAAUAAGAAUAUGCUUCCAUCAUUGGUGUUUCAGUGUCCAACUACUACUCUUCAAACUCACUGAACUGUGAGGAUAAUUUAUUGAUUGAUCCUUGAAAUAACGGGGAAAAAAAACUUGUGAUUCACUAGAAUAUAUUUAAUAUUUCAAGUACAAAGUACUUUCCCUUUAUUCAUUUGCAUUAAUGAAAACAUCAAAGGUCUAAUAGAUACUUUGACUAUUUUAUCUAUGACAUAAGAACUAAAAUAUAGUCACCUUUGUUUCUGUAAAAGAUCCCUUGUAUGAAAACUAUUUUCCUCAGCAAAAGAGACAUUUUAUAAGUUAUUUUUGCAUAUUGUCCUGCAUGGGAAUAUAUUUUUAUUAUUGCCUCAAUACGAUUGUACAUAAAUAUUUAUAGCCUUUAAUUUCACCUAGAUGCAUUGCUUGAAAUAGUGGACCUGACUGAACUUUAGCAUGAAGCUAGCUCACAGUAAGAUUUUGCUUCAAUCACCUCAAACUUGGCCUUCUUAAAUAUAACUCGGGUCAACUUACUGUAUCGGCUAUUAAUUAAUUUCAUAUGUAAUACCGAAUGAGUCAUCAAAGUAAACAGAUUGAAUUUUGACACCAUGUGAUUUAAGUGUGAAGGGCACAAAGACCAAGGCUAGUGGUAUGUGAAAUGAAAACAAAAAAAGCAGGUUUUCUUCAUUAACAAUACACCAUGCUCUUUGUGAAUAAAUGAUGCACUUCCAUUUUGCUGUGCUGAUCUGUGUAACGCUUAAGUUGUAGUGGUAAUCUGCUUGUCCAGUAAACACUGUAUAUUAAAUGUACAUUGAUUUAAUAUAAAGCAUGUGUAAUACGCUUGCUGUCCUUAGUCACGGUCUCUGAUGCAACCACGUUAAUCCUGCACUUACAGUUCACUAGACUGAGGCACCAGGUAAUCUAUAAGUUACACAGUGCUUUAUUAAAACUUCUUCUGUAGAUAGUUGGUAGAUCUGUAUCAACUCGUGUUCGAUGAUGUCCUUAGUUGGUUCUCUGUUCGAAGUCUUACGUUUUUUUUUUUUGUUUUGUUUUUCCAUGUAGCCUAAUAUUUGUUCUCAAAUUACCAUUGUUUUAAAUGUGAAAUUUUAAUAAACAAAAAGAGCAAC